CAUAAAUCGUCGCAAAGCUUAGCUCCUCAAGUGAUUCCUCUCUCUAUUUAAUCCAGAACCCAAAACUCGGUCCUCAACUCACACAUAACGCACCACGACUCAGUGCUCACUCACUCCCAUGGAACUCCUAUCACAAUCAUCAAUCAAGCCUUCAUCACUCCAACCUCAACCUCAAUCAGCAGCCGUUGUUUUUGUAGAAAUCUGAACAAGUCUCUUCUUUUUUCUCUUCGGUUGACUUUUAUUGUUUUGUCAAUGACUCAGAUGGCUCGUUGGUCGUUUCAUGGGAUUCUGGCUUUUGUUUCGCUUCUAGUCUUCUUAACGCAUGGGGUUUACGCGAGUGAUGGUGAUGCUGAUCCGAUUUACAAGGCUUGUGUGGAGCAGUGUGAGAAAACUGGAUGUGUAGGGGAAAAAUGCUUCCAACACUGUAAAUUCUCGUCUGAUGGGAAGCCAGUGGGUGGGCCAUGGUAUCUACAAGAGCCACUGUAUCUGCAGUGGAAACAAUGGGACUGUCGUAGUGACUGCCAAUACCAUUGCAUGCUUGUCAGAGAGGAAGAGAGAGAGAAACUCGGUGGCAAGCCUGUCAAGUAUCAUGGGAAAUGGCCAUUUCACCGUGCUUAUGGCUUUCAGGAACCUGUUUCUGUUGCUCUCUCUGCACUCAAUCUUGCCAUUCAGUUUCAUGGUUGGGUAUCCUUUUUCAUCCUAAUAUACUAUAAGUUGCAACUGACACCAAGUAAGAAGACUUACUAUGAAUAUACUGGCUUGUGGCACAUCUAUGGAAUCCUAUCGAUGAACUCGUGGUUCUGGAGUGCUGUUUUCCACAGUCGAGAUGUUGAGUUGACCGAGAAACUAGAUUGUUCAUCUGCUGUGGCAUUACUAGGGUUUUCCCUUAUUCUAGCAAUACUACGAGCUUUCAGCAUGAGAGAUGAGGCUGCCAGGGUCAUGGUCUCUGCUCCAAUAAUUGCAUUUGUUACUACACAUAUCUUAUAUCUGAACUUCUACAACCUGGAUUACGAUCUAAACAUGAAAGUUUGUGUGGCCAUGGGUGUAGCUCAACUUCUCAUUUGGGCAGUCUGGGCCGGUGUAACUAACCACCCAUCCCGGCUCAAGUUGUGGGUGGCAGUUGUUGGAGGCGGCCUUGCCAUCCUGUUGGAAAUAUACGACUUCCCGCCUUACCAGGGAUUUGUGGAUGCUCAUGCUCUCUGGCAUGCCACUACCAUCCCACUCACAUAUCUUUGGUGGAGCUUUGUGAAGGAUGAUGCUGAGUUUAGAACAUCAAGUCUCCUCAAGAAAGCAAGGUAGAAUUUCUCUACCCGGUGCCUGUGGUAAAUGGAUGAUGGACAGCACCGAUCGCUUUACAUACCUCUCUGUUGAACAACUAUAAUGCACCUCCUUGUGUAUACCUUUUUCCCAAAUGCUUUGCAUUUGCUGGUCCUUUCAUCUGUACUUCAAUUGGUGAUCAUUGGAUUAUUUCAAAAUGUGGUAUAGAAUCUGUAACAAAAUUCAAUGUUUAGAUCUCUGUACCUUUUUUUCAUUUUAUUUUUUGUCUAAAGAAACUGGGGUAACCUAAUUUUUGUGUAAAUUGUGUUUUCUGUUAAUAGAUAUGGUGGGUUUCUUCUUU